CUUGCUUACACCUGAUUACUCUUAUUCCCGUGCAGUUUAACAUACCUAAUUUCAGAAUUCCGAUCGAAUCACCCAACCCACUCCCGCAGCGCCAUCGCAAACCCUAGAUGGACCUUCUGAAGCAAGAGCUUCUCAAGAAGCGCCAAUCUCUAGCCCAAGACACCGGCGGCAAGAGAUUCUUCAAGCGCUCCGAAAUCCAGCAGAAGGAGAUCCAAAAGCUCCGCGAGCAAGAGAAGCGCGAGUUGGAAGCCAAGUCCCAAAAGCGCCUCGCCACGUCCUCCGACGCCGCCGCAGCCUCCGCCACCUCGGCUUCCUCCGCUUCAGCGUCCGCCUCCUCCGCCGUGGCCGCCGCCACGGCCUCCCUCACCGACGAGCAGAACAUCGACAACCUCGUCCUCCCGAAGCCCGAGGUCGUGCGCCGCUUGCGCUUCCUGAAGCAGCCGGUAACGCUCUUCGGCGAGGACGAUGACGCGCGGCUGGAGCGUCUGAAGCACGUGCUCAAGGCCGGCGAGUUCGAGGUCGACAGCGACAUGACGGAGGGGCAGACCAACGACUUUCUGCGCGACAUCGCGGAGCUCCGGAAGCGCCAGAAGACGGGGCUCAUGGGCGAGAGGAAGCGCCAGAAGAACGACGACGGCGCUGCCGAGGACCGCGAGGGAGGAGGCGCCGACGACGAUCUCAGCGAGGGCGGCGGGUCCAGCGGCGCCGACGCCGACAAGGACUUGAAGCGGAUGAAGGCGAAUUUCGAGGAGCUCUGCGAUGAGGAUAAGAUUUUGGUGUUUUUCAAGAGGCUGUUGAAUGAGUGGAAGCAGGAGUUGCACGAGAUGGCUGAGGCGGAGAAGCGCACGGCUAAGGGGAAGUCCAUGGUCGCCACGUUCAAGCAGUGCGCGCGUUACUUGAACCCGCUGUUCAAGUUUUGUAGGAAGAAGGUUCUUCCCGACGACAUUCGACAGGCGCUGAUGAUAGUGGUUGAGUGCUGUAUGAAGCGAGAUUAUCUAGCUGCAAUGGAUCAUUAUAUCAAGCUGGCCAUAGGGAAUGCACCCUGGCCUAUUGGUGUCACUAUGGUUGGUAUUCACGAAAGAUCUGCCCGUGAAAAGAUCUACACCAACAGUGUUGCUCACAUCAUGAAUGAUGAGACCACUCGCAAGUACUUGCAAUCUGUGAAGAGAUUAAUGACAUUUUGCCAACGGCGUUAUCCGACAUUGCCGUCUAAAGCCGUCGAGUUUAAUAGUUUGGCAAAUGGCAGUGAUUUGCAGUCACUUCUCGCAGAAGAGAGAUUUAGUGGGACUAAUCAGGCAUCUGAGGAGAGGCUUAGGAUAAUGCCUCCUCCAAGAGACAGCUAGUCAUUCAUGUUUGCUGAAAUGACAUCAUCAUAUAAUGUACACUAUUUAUGUUCAAUUGCUAGAUACAAUCUGUUUCUGUUUCUUAGAGUGCUCAGAUUGUAGAAAAGGAAUUGCAGCUUGCCCCUUGGUUCUGUUCAAGUUGUUCGUCAUGUUAGUUUAUUUAUUUAUUUUUAUCA